CACUUAUUAUGACCCCUGUAGAUACAUACACCCCGUACCAUAGUUAAGCACGCACACCCCACCCCUACCACAACUUUCCUCCUUCCUUCAACCCUCUAGGCAUCAUCGUCAUUUCUCCAACCACUUUCUUUGUCUUUCUCCAGCAUCAACAAACCAUCAACAAACCCGACGCCAUCAUGGCCGCUGCAUCGCCGAUUGAUACAGUAUCAUCCUGGGACUCAUCCUUGGCGUUGGCGCCUAUCUCAACCAAGACUUCAACAGUACCAUCGCUUGAUAUGGCGUCGCCGGCAAUCCAGUUCACCACUAUCAAGAGGCUUUUCGAUGAGAUCGACCGCACUGCUGGAGAUGCUCUUACCGUCCAUGAUGUAUCCGUCCAGCAGUUUGCUGAGAUUGAGAAGACAAGAGACAAACGCAAAAGAAGAUUCCGAUUCCACUUCUCCGCUGCUACCAAGAUUCUCAUCAUCACUAUUCCAACUGGAUUACACGAACAAGUUCACCAUUGGAUUCGGGAUAGCAUCAUUAUUGCCAUCUCUCAGAUGGGGUUAAGGGAUGCCUGGAGAGCCGUGGGCGCUACAACAUUUCAAGUACAAUCCCCGCACUUCAGUAGUGGAGAAGGCGACUCGGCGGGAGGCCCAAGACCACAACGGAGUGGUGGUAGAAGUUGGCCAACCCUUGUUAUUGAAGCAGGGUACUCGCAGACACUGCAAGAAAUGAGGCAACGUAUGAGAUGGUGGUUUGGUGCAUCAAACCACGAGGUCAAGAUUGUUCUUUUGGCCAAGCUCAACCGCAACGCAAGAAACAUUACAAUCGAGAAAUGGAUUGAGGUCCCAGCGCAGAUCCGACCUGGCGCUACCAACACACGCGCGGCGGCUCAGCUCGAGCCUGACUGCAGCCAGACGAUCAGUAUUACACAGAAUCCUGGCAAUCCUGGCAAUCCCGUAUCGUACGAUAUCACUAGAGGGGAUCUACGACUGGAGUUUGAUCUUUUGUUCUUGAGACAGCCAGGCGGCGGAGAGAGCGAUAUUAUCAUUAGUAUGGAGCGCCUUAGAGUGUAUGCAGAGUGUGUCUGGGAAGAAGAGGUUUAGUUAGUUAGGAGGAACGGCAAGUUGAAGGACUAGAGAUUGCGCUGAGCAUCGAGAUCUGCGUCAGCUUAUAUGAAUCAACAUGAUCACAUACUACGCGGAAAUGGGUAGCUACGUUCCAGGCUAGCUCUGUCGUAUUUCGAUCAUGGGGCAAUUCAUAUGUUCUCACACUGUCAUACAACAUCUUUUCUUCGCA